AAACUACACCUUUUAUAGUUUACUCUCUACUUUUGGUCGUCUUCAUCAUCUUGCAGCCUGAGUUUCAGAAAUUGAUUGAUUAAUUGAUUUCCCAGAGGUUAAUUAAUUUGGCAAAUUAAUUAAGAAAAAUGGGAUCAGGAAGCUCUCCAUGUGCCUCCUGCAAAUUGUUGAGACGUCGGUGUGCCAAAGAUUGUAUCUUUGCUCCUUAUUUUCCUCCUGAUGAUCCUCAUAAGUUUGCUAUUGUUCACAAGGUCUUUGGUGCUAGCAAUGUCAGCAAGAUGUUGCAGGAGCUCCCAGUUCACCAACGAGCCGAUGCAGUUAGCAGUCUGGUGUACGAAGCCAACGCAAGAAUGAGAGAUCCAGUUUACGGAUGUGUCGGUGCAAUUUCCUAUUUACAAAACCAAGUUUCCCAGCUGCAAAUGCAACUUGCAGUAGCUCAAGCAGAGAUCUUAUGCAUUCAGAUGCAGCAGGAGCCUGAACUGCCUACCACUCAUCAUCCAACAAUGGUGGAUUGUGAUGCGAAAUCACUGCUGUUAUCGGGCAGCAAUACGAGCGAUUUCAGUGAUCAGAUGCCACAGUUCCUGAGCUACACUUCUUCUAAUAAUAAUGUUAUCCAGGACCCUCUAAAAAGAGAGUCUCUUUGGACAUAAAUCUUCCAUCUACUUUCCCCUUUGUGAUCCUCCUCUCCCUUGUGUUAAGUUAGAUCUCAGUUUUUAGCUAGUUUUGUUGGAUUUCUGUUUCUGGGGUUUUCACCAACUGCUUUUGUUUAUUAAUAUAUUGCUUUUGGUGCUUAA